GGAGAACCAUAUCCUUGUCACCUCCCACCUCCAUUGCCACUAAUAGUCCAUCCUGAUCCAUCACCAAUGGUUCAAUACUACGACUCUAUCUCAGAUGACAUUCGCGACUGGGCUUUACGCCAGAGUGUCUUCUUCGUGGCCUCGGCGCCUCUGCGUGGUCGCCACGUGAACCUGUCCCCGAAAGGCCUCCCAGACGCUUCUUUCGCAGUGUUGGGCCCUAACGAAGCAGCUUACGUAGAUGCGACGGGUUCUGGCAAUGAGACGAUUAGUCAUUUGCGAGAAAAUGGUCGUAUUACUGUGAUGUUCUGCUCUUUCGAUAAGUCACCGCGCAUUCUACGACUUUUCUGCACAGGCUCCGUUGUUGAAUGGACCGAUCCAGGGUUUCCUCAAUAUUUGGAGCGCAUGGCAGGAAAAAAUGUCACAGGCGCCCGUGCUGUUAUUUGUUUGGACGUUUUCAAGGUCCAAACAUCGUGUGGGUUCGGUGUGCCACAGCUAGCUUUGACUCAUGACCCGGAGACCAACGAAGUGAAACCAUAUCUCAAAGACCGCGAAACUAUGAGCUAUUGGGCUGGUAAAAAGGCGAGUGCAGGCCAGAUGCGCGCAUAUCAGCAAGAGUGGAACUCUAGUAGUCUAGACGGGCUUCCGGGCCUUCAUUCUGCAUUGAGAGAUAAUCACAAGAGUGUAUGGUGGGCCCAGUUGGACGGUUGGAUGAACCGCCAUCGGGAUGAACUAGAAACGACGAAGACUUCAAUCUUGCUUUUGUUUGUGGGUAUGACCAUCCUGCAAUGGGUUGGAUAUAUAUAG